AUGCAGGACCACACUGAGAAAGAGGAAUCGCAUGUGAUCAAGGAUUCUAGGGCAACAUCGUGGCAACGAAGCGACAAAAAAGAACCCCCCAGAAAAAUGGCAUCGGGUGGCGAGGACAACAUUGUAAUCGAAGAGGAAAGCAUAGAAGAGGAGACACUGGAACAGAAGCAUAGGAGAUUAUUGAAUAAGGAAGACAUUAUUGAGGAUAUAGUAAGGUUGAAUGAUUUUGAUGAGAAUGAAUUAGAAUUUCACGACUUAGAUCUUGAGUUAAAUAGCAACAUAGAUGAUGGUAGGUUAGAAGAAAAUAAUGAUAAUGACAUAGUUGUUGUGGAGAAUAAGGUGGCUGCUAAUGAAAAUGGUAGGGACAAAGGGAAAGGGAAAGUGGCAAUGGAUUUUGGUGAGGAAGAUGAUAGGGACAAAGAGAGAUCAGAGGAAGAUGAUAGUGAUGAUUGGGACAAAGACAGCUCAAAGGAAGAUGAUGGUGAUGACAGAGACAAAGAGAUGUCAGAGGAAGAUGAUAGUGAUGAGAGGGAUAAAGAGAUGUCAGAGGAAGAUGAUAGUGAUGAUGCAAGCUAUGAGGCGUUAAGUGCAAGUGAAGAUACAAAGGAGACUGUGUUUGAAGACUUUGAAGUGUAUGAGGUUUGUAUAGAGAAUGGGAGUGACUAUGAUGAGGAUGAAUUGGGCUUAGAAAGUGAUAAUGGGCCUCCUCUAUAG